AUGCCACUGCCGUCUUGUCAUUCAAGUUGUUUGCAGAUAAGAACCAUGUUGAAGAAUAUGCUGCAUCUGAAGCGCCCAUGGCAACGCGGAUCGAAAGCAUUUUGGCAUCUCAGUGCGCAGAAGAUCGAGAAGCUCGAAAAAAAGAUCGAUGACCUUGACAAGAAGAUCGAGAAGAUCGAUGACCUUGACAAGAAGAUCGAGAACCUCGUCGAAAAGAAGAUCGAUGACCUUGACAAGAAGAUCGAGAAGAUCGUAGAUGGGCACAAGGAAAUGCUUGCUCAAUGGCAUGAUUUCAAGCUGGAGAACGUAAAGGAGAACGAAAAGAACGUAAAGGAGAACGAAAAGCGGUACCAUGACUUCAAGUUGGAGAACGAAAAGCGGUGGCAGGAGUUUCUUUCCCGAGACGCACAGAAGUAUGCAGAAUUCCUGACAGCACACAGGACCGAGUGGAGAGAACUCACUUUGGCCUGGGGUGGGUUAAGGGCUCUGGCUGCACUUUCCUUGCUCUUCGGCGGCCUCACCACCAUCAUUGUCAAUUGGGACAAAGUUACGAAAUCUCUGAAUGAGUUGACACAGUGA